AUCAGGGUUGACCUCAGUUCCAACUUACUACAAGGAUCACUUCCCAUUCUAUCAACAGCUUGCGAUGUUAUGCAACUCUUCAUUUCAGGGAAUAAUUUGACUGACGAAAUUCCUUCUUCUUAUUGCAAUUUUACUUCUCUUAGAGUUCUAGCUGAAUUGGAAUAUAUUGGACACAUUCCUAAAGAACUGGAAGAACUCAAGUCACUUCAUGUUCUAAACUUGUCUCACAACAAUCUCACUGGUCAAAUUCCAUCAUCUUUGGGGAAUAUGACAGAGCUUGAAUCACUAGAUCCCUCAUCAAACAAGCUUGAAGGCUGGAUUCCUGAGCAGUUGACAAGUUUGACAUUCCUUUCAGUUUUGAACCUCUCACACGACAAACUUGAAGGUGACAUUCCUCAAGGGAAGCAGUUCAAUACUUUCUCAAAUAAUUCCUACAUUGGGAACUCUCGGUUGUUGGGAACUAUGGGUUGUGUGGAUUUCCAUUGACAAAGGUGACAUUCCUCAAGGGAAGCAGUUCAAUGCUUUCUCAAAUAAUUCCUAUACACUACGGCAUUUUUGCCAUUUAGCUCUGAACGAAAAUUGUAUGUAUAUAGUAAAAAUCUGUAGGUAUA